AUGGCGCCUGUGUGUUUGGCAUGCCGUCUGCAGCUCUCGUGUUUUCUUCUCUUUCUGUCUGAUGUGUCUUUUACCUGCUGUACGCGACUGGUGUACGCCCGUCAAGCUCUCCUAGACAUCCGCAUCUCCGUUGGGGAUUCUUUCGCGAACUUUCACACCGUGGACGUGGAAUGCCCACUUCACAAACCGUACGAGCCUCCCCGAACCAUCUUCCUGCACGAUAUCUUCCGGUGGCCGCUAAACACCGUGCGGAGGAAGCGAAGGAGGAAACGAGGUGACACAAGAAAAGCUAUAAAAGCCCAGAGCUGUGGGGUUUCUCCACUCAGCACUCGUAUUGUUGGGGGUGAGGAUGCAGCUGUGGGGAACUGGCCUUGGCAGGUCAGUCUACAAUAUUUUGGCUAUCACUUCUGUGGAGGGUCCCUCAUCAGCCAGGAAUGGGUGCUCACUGCAGCUCACUGCGUGUACUUCUUAUCCUCAGACAUUGGACUGAACUGUAUUGUUUAUCUGGGUAGACAGAGCCAAAAUAUUUCAGUCUCUAACCCACAUGAGGUAAGUCGAGGAAUCCGAUCCAUCAUUCCACAUCCAGACUAUGACCCCUACCAGUUCACCAAUGACAUUGCCUUGCUGAGACUGAGUUGGCCAGUGAACUAUACCAACUACAUCAGCCCGAUCUGCCUGGCUGCAUAUGACAGUGUCUUUCAUGAUGGCACCACCUGCUGGGCCACUGGAUGGGGAGAAACUGGUUUUGUAGGUAAUCAUCGUGCUCAGCCCAGUUCUGGAGCUCUGCAGGAGGUGAAGAUGAAUGUGGUGGAGAAUAAGGACUGUAACUGCAUGUUUCAAGACUCCCUAUUGUUUGACAUAACAAUUACUCCGGCAAUGAUGUGUGCAGGAGGAGAGAGCGGCAAAGGAGUAUGUUUUGGAGAUUCUGGUGGUCCAUUACAGUGUAAGCAGGGUUCUGUAUGGAUCUUAGCUGGCGUCACAAAUUUUGGGAUUCCUUGUGGCACUGGAAUUGUACCUGACAGCUAUGCUAGAGUAUCCAAAUUCCAAAACUGGAUCUUGGAGAAUGUAAAUGGAUCAGAUAUUGGAUUUGUGACUUUUUCAUCUGAUGUUGAAGAUAAAGACAGCAGCUAUUUGUGCAGUGAAGAAGAUAUAGCCCUAGGACUUUUUUACCCGUUUGGAAAUAGAGACAUAGAAAUUCCCCCUCAAGAUAAUGGAAGCUCUCCAUUAGUACUGGAAAAGCCCUUUGUAUUUUUUGGACAUGUUUUUGAGCAAGUUUAUGUAAGUUCAUCUUUUCAAGUUGUUUUGGUCUCUGGUGGUUCUCUGUCUUUUGUCAUGAUGAACUAUGGAAAUAUCUCUGCUACAGAUCAACAGUUUCAGGCUGGAUAUGGCACAGUUAAUUCAACAAAUAAUUUUUCAAUCCCUGUGCCUGAUGAAAAUGAGCUCUUCAACUCCAGUAAUGUCAAUGUGCCGGGACGCUGGGUAUUUCGUGUUGAUGGUGGACCUGAGGAGGGAAUUUUCUACCCAUAUGGAGAUGAGGAUACAAAGAACCAUUCAGAGUAUUUUGGGAGUUCUCCACUGAUCCCUCUGGCUCAGCCAUUUGUGUACUUCGGGCUUAUUUAUAAUGAGCUAUACGAGUCAACUUUUCAAGCCGUUUUGGUGUCUGGCAAAAACAUGUCAUUUACACUCAUGCAUUAUGGUCAUAUCGCCCCGACAUAUGCAUUUAAGUCUAGCUGUGCCACAAGUGAUUCAACUGAUUUAUUUUCAGUUCCUGUCUAUGAUGCCACAAAACUGCCAUACACAAGCAAUGUCAACGUCAUGGGUCGAUGGGUAUUUCGAACUGACAAAGCAUCAGAAAACAAUGGUCUCUUUUAUCCAUCUGGCCAUCAGGACUCUCAGAAUCCCUGUCAAAGUAAUGAAAGCUCACCAGCCCUGCAUUUGCAGUAUCCUUUCUUGUACUUUGGACGCACAUAUCACAACAUAUAUGUCGACAAUAAUGGACUUUUGACAUUUGAACCAUUUUAUGAAAGACUCCCCAAGGCUUUCCCUGCCAACUCUAAUAGAGACAUUAUAGCUCCACUCUGGGGAAAGUUUGACUGUAGCGUCAGUGGAAACAUCUCCUACCGCGUGGUAACUCGAGGCCGUAUUCUGGACCGGGCAAGAAAUGAUAUCAAACAGUAUUUCCCUCAGUUUGGGUUCUCAGUACACACAGUCUUCAUUGCUACUUGGAAUAGAGUGCCUUACUUGAACAGCCCCACGACGCAAAAUAAGCUGUUCAACUCCAGUAAUGUCAAUGUGCCGGGACGCUGGGUAUUCCGUGUUGAUGGUGGACCUGAGGAGGGGAUAUUCUACCCAUAUGGAGGUGUAGAGGAUGAGAUGAGCCCCCAGUCAGAUGAUGGAAGUUCUCCACCGAUUCCUCUGCUGCAGCCAUUUGUGUACUUUGGCCGUGUUUAUGACAAAAUAUUUGUGAAUAAUAAUGGCGAUCUGACCUUUGACAGGCCACUUUAUCAGUGGUAUCCCAAUUAUUUUCCUGCAUACUCGUCUAUAGACAUCAUCGCUCCACUGUGGACAGACAUUUAUAAUUAUGAGAAAGGAACCAUCUCUUACAGACAAGAAUCAACCUUCCAAGUGGUUUUGGUGUCUGGCAAAAACAUGUCAUUUACACUCAUGCAUUAUGAUUAUAUCACUCCCACCGAAAGCGUUGAGUUUGGCUUCGACACAAUUAACUCUACUAAUUUCUUUUCAAAUCCGGUUUCUGAUGUUGCAAAUCUGUCAUUCACAAGCAAUGUCAAUGUCAUGGGUAGAUGGGUAUUUCGUGUUGAUAAUUCAUCAGAAAACAAUGGAUUCUGUAUUAAAACUAAUCCACAAGCUUCCUCAGAUGAUGUUUCUAGUGCUCUGAUGUGUGGAAGAACCCCAGUUACCGCCAGCAGCAGGAUAGUAGGAGGUCACGCUUCAGCUGGACGCUGGCCCUGGCAGGCUAGUCUCCUCUGGCAAGGCAGGCACAUCUGUGGAGGUUCUCUCAUCAACAAAGAGUGGGUGCUGUCUGCUGCCCACUGCUUUAAUGGGGAUCCUGCAUAUUAUUACACUGUGUCUUUGGGGCGACACACCCAGGAAGGCUUCAACCCCAAUGAAGUGUUCAGAUAUGUGAGAUUAAUCAACAAACAUCCUAGUUACAACCAUUUAACAAAUGACAAUGAUAUUGCUCUUCUCAAACUGAGCUCUCCAGUCACAUUCACUGACUACAUCAGACCCGUGUGUCUAGCAGCUUAUACCAGUGUGUUCAACAGCGGCACAGACAGCUGGAUCACUGGAUGGGGAAACAUUGGUGAAGGAGUGCCCCUUCCAUCCCCUGAAGUUCUACAGGAAGUGGAGGUUCCUGUAAUUGGUAACAGACAGUGCAACUGUCUCUAUGGAGUUGGAGAGAUAACAGACAACAUGAUCUGUGCUGGUCUCCUGGAAGGAGGCAAGGACUCAUGUCAGGGAGAUUCAGGAGGUCCGAUGGUGAGCAGACAGAGCUCUGUAUGGGUUCAGUCCGGUAUCGUUAGCUUUGGGACUGGCUGUGCUCGACCUGAACUUCCUGGUGUGUACACCAGAGUAUCACGUUAUCAGGAAUGGAUCAGCUCCUUCGUGUGCAGUGAUCCUCCAGGUUUUGUGCACUUUACCUCUGCUGAAGCUGACCCUGACUACAGUUACAGCUGUCCUGGUCUUCCUCCUCAUCCUGAUCUUCCUCUUCCUCCUUCCUUAUUAAUAGAUACAGAAUCUAAAAUUCCAUCUUCUGCAACAUCUCCUCCACAAAAUUCUUUGCGAUCAUAUUUUCUGUUGCUUCCACCAAUGUGUUUCAUAAUUUAUAGGGUUUGGGGUCAGUAAGGUUUUUUUUUCUUCUUCUUCUUUCAACAAGGAAUAAAUGCAACACAGGAAUAAAUGACAUUUUAAAAUAUAGGCUAUUCUAAUA